GGGUCCGUUGACUGAAUAAAAUGGCACGGUAUAAAGGAUCAAGGAGUUUGAGCAGCAUGAACACACAGUCACCAAUGGUAGAUUUGGUCAAUAAUAACGAUCCUCUACCGCCAGGAUGGGAAAUAAAAAUUGACCCACAGACAGGAUGGCAUUUUUUUGUGGAUCACAUUAAUCGCAAAACAAGCUGGAAUGACCCAAGACACGAUUCCAAAAAGGUCAGCCAGCUGUCUCAAAAUGGCCCCAGUGUGCCCCCAGAGCCGAGUCCUCAGGAGAUGCAGAAGGCCUUCGUGAGAGACAUGAAGCACCCCACCCUCCGUCAGGGUUACAUCCCAAUCCCAGUCUGCCAUGAAGGCGGAGACAUACAUCAGCAACAGCAACACCAAUGUUUCCCGUACAUUCAGCCGACUGCUCUGAAAAAUGUACGAGCAGACGAGCGGACACCCUCCCCCACCCCGACGCUCCACUGCAGGCCUAGAUCUCCUUUGCAGGGUCCCUCCGAGAGCACUACCCCUGAGCCCUACAUGUCCUGUUCGCGUAGUUCACAAGGACCUGAGGGCCACCCCCUCCACCAGCCCCCACGACCCAGCAGCACAGGCCUCCAGGCAGGUUACAUCCCCAUCCCAGUGAUCCACAAGAGGGCCGGAGGUCACCCACAACAAGCCCCUGUCAACUCCACUCUCUACACCCAGCGCUUUCCGGCUUACUCAGAGUUCCAGCCCUCCUUCCACCACCUACAACCAGAGGACUGGAGCUGUCAUCAUGGGCCCACGCCUUCUUCCCGGGACCGUGCCUCCCCCUCCCCGAGCAUGCUUCCCCAGCACCGUGAGACUGCCGCCAUCCAUAUCCCUCCGCAUAUGAGGAGCCAGUCUCCCCUCAGUGCACAGGUCAUUACAGAGAGACCACAGGUACCACAGAGAGAAUCACCCCACAGAAUGGAGCAGGAGAUCUCUCAGUAUCCCCAAACAGUGCAGAGAGAGGCUGACACACAGCAGCUACAACAGCCACAGAUGUCACAACGACCACAACAACAGCCACAACAAUACCAACAACCACAACAAUACCAACAACCACAACCACAGCAGCCACAACAGUACCAACAGCCACAACAAUACCAACAAUCUGAACAGUACCAACAACCACAACAAUAUCAAAAGCCAGAAAAACACCAACAACCUGAACAGUACCAACAACAACCACAACCUCCACAACAACCACAGCCACAACCGCAGCUGAAACAGACAGCAAACAUCACAGUCCAGAUGCCCCCAAAACCAGAAGCCCAGGAGCCAGUGGAUGCUCCUGCUCCACAGGAGGUCCCGUCCACAACAGCAGAAAACGAGUCCACCGCUCAGUGUCACCCAGGCUUGGCUAAAGUACAAAAGAUAGUGGAGAGAGUGGCGAAACUGGAGCAAGAGGUGAAAUGCUUUGAUGGAAAGAAGAACGAUAAGAGGUACUUGCUGCUGGAGGAGCUGUUGACCAAAGAGCUUUUGGCAUUGGACUCAGUGGACCCAGAGGGGCGUUUGGAUGUGCGACAGGCGCGACGUGACGGAGUCCGGAGGGUCCAAACCAUACUGGAUGCACUGGAGAUGCUGGAUGAGCGGCCAACGGAACCUGUCAGUUCGUCCUCGAUGGAGGGCGAGAGCCCGCCACAGAGUGGAGAGCAGCUUAGUACGAUCAGCCAAGCGAAUGUGGAGAUGGCCAGGGAGAUCUCAUAAUGACUGCUUUAUUAUGGCGAAGAGUGAAGAGAAACGUCAUCAAAUAUGACGUGGAAAUAGGCUGCUCUCAAU